UUGAUUAUGGAAGAUUCCCACAAGAGUAACACUUCAGAGACUGCAUCUCAGCCUGGCUCAGCAGUACCGGGGGCUCGCAUUUCUCAGAUAGUCCAUCAGGUGUCAUCUCUGUCAGAAAGCGAGGAGUCUCAGGACUCAAGUGACAGCAUAGGCCCCUCAAAGAAAGCUCACGGGAUCCUGGCCCGGCGCCCGUCUUACAGGAAAAUUUUGAAAGACCUCUCUUCUGAAGAUACACGGGGCAGAAAAGGAGACGGAGAAAAUUCUGGCCUUCCUGCUGUCACUUCUAUGUCUGUUCCGACCCCCAUCUAUCAGACGAGCAGCGGACAGUACAUUGCCAUUGCCCCCAACGGAGCCUUGCAGUUGGCCAGUCCAGGCGCAGAUGGAGUGCAGGGCCUGCAGACGUUAACCAUGACGAACUCGGGCAGUGCUCCGCAAGGCACGCUCCUGCAGUGCGCACAGACCUCAGACGGGCAGCAGAUACUUGUCCCGACCAACCAGGUGGUUGUGCAGACUGCGUCAGGAGAUAUGCAGACUUACCAGAUCCGCACCACACCGUCUGCCACGUCGCUUCCACAGACCGUGGUGAUGACGUCACCUGUGACUCUUGCAUCCCAGACAACGAAGACAGAUGACCCCCAACUGAAGAGAGAAAUACGGCUGAUGAAAAACAGAGAGGCUGCCCGCGAAUGCCGCCGGAAGAAGAAGGAGUACGUGAAGUGCCUGGAGAACCGCGUGGCUGUUCUGGAAAAUCAAAACAAAACCCUGAUAGAAGAGCUGAAGACGCUGAAGGAUCUGUAUUCUCAUAAAAGUGUUUGAUUCUUUAAAGACAAAGUAUUUUUGUGGACUUCCUUAACAAUUAGGUGGAUUUUUUUUUUCUUUUCGGGUGGAGUCCUGUAAAUUCAAAAGUCAAAGCGGCCACUUUGUGUUAGGAUCUUACAGUGCAGAGGUGGCGGAGGCUGAGUGGAAGCGACCUUCAAGGAGCUGCUGGCACAGCCAGGAGCUCAGAAAGGAGAAGGUGGUAAAGCAGGCGAUUCCCGCCAAGUCUGGAUUCUCACUGUUUUUCAAGACAUGCCUUUUUCGUGUGUGUGUGUGUGUGUGUGUGUGUGUGUGUGUGUUUCUCAUUUCUGCCAAUAAAUUUUAAAUUACAAAUGUAAAAGCAAGCAUAACAUUACUAAGUGUGUAAAUUAUGUGGGCUAUUGUACUGUCUGUCAGGUGUGCUAAAUGAGCUAACUUUUGGUUUUGUUGGACGACGGGUUUGAGAAGCAUCCUAAAAGGCACAGAGGUACAAGAUCCUACAGUGGUCUGUAACAUUCUUACCAGAAUGGAAAGAGACUGUCUGCAAGUUUGAUAGUUUUAAAUAGUUCUUUGCCUCCUCUGAUGAGGGCAAUUUUCACAAGUAUAUGAUAAAUUGGCUUUUUGAUUCUCUAACCCUGUAUGCAGUUGAAGAUCAUUACUUCCUCUUUUGUGCUUUAAUGGAAUGAAGUGUUUACAAAAGCCCUUAAAAUAUUUUAAAUAACCUGAAGAUGCACAACAAACCAAAGCUUUCCCGAGAGGAAUUUCUGAUCAUCUUCCCGUAAGGCUCAUCGGGUUCUAAAAUAGUUACUGAGGCAACUUUACAUUGAGAUGCUGUGUGAUGUCGCCUGUGGUACCUUUAUAAGAGAAGUGACUGCCGAUAUAUUUUUAUAGUGAAUCUUUAUAAAUUCUAAUGUUGAGUUUUUAAUGAUUAUUUUAAAUGUUUAUAUAGUUUGUUUAGUAAAAGAAUUUGUAUCUGAAAGUAUCAUUUUUAUAUUAUGAGAAGAGUAAAGGUUUCAAUUGGCUGAUAUUUGAAUGUAUGUUUUCUAUAAAGUUCAAGCUGUGGUCAGUACACCAGCGUUUAACCUCUAUAUUCUAAUCUGUGUACACUUGGAAACUGUACUGCAGAACUGUUUUGUGCCUACAUGGUAUGUUUCAUGUCGUCUAUGAGAUUAAAGACCAUUUGAUAAGAUUG